AUGCAUAAGUCACCCGCAACCUCAUCGACCUCGACCCUGACAGACGCUCCCACCCCCGACGUCGAAGGCCAAAAGACCCCGCAUAUCCCGCAUUGGCGCCUCGUGGCGAGCCAGACGCUCAUCACAGAGGCAGUCCUGAAAUACCCCUACAAAGGCUCCGGCACGGACGAUGACCCCUACGUCGUCGAAUUCAUCCCCGACGACCCUCGAAACCCCAUGAACUGGCCGGACUGGAAGAAAUGGUGCCUUACCAUGACCGUCGCGGUCGCAGCCUUGGCCGUGGCGUUCGUGAGCACGGCCUACACGGCCGCCAUCGAGCAAAUCAACGAGGAGUUUGGGAGUUCUCAAGAGGUCGCCACGCUCGGCGUGGCUCUUUUCGUGCUUGGAUUCGCGAUCGGACCUCUACUAUGGGCCCCACUGAGUGAAUUAUAUGGCCGUCAGAUUUUAUUUUGUGGCACUUACGCCGUCCUCACCGUCUUCAACGCCGGCGCGGCGGGGGCAAAUUCCAUGGCGUCUCUCAUCGUCAUGCGGUUCCUGGCCGGCACGUUUGGGGCCUCGCCACUGACAAACGCCGGCGGUGUGGUUGCUGACAUCUUUCCGGCCAAGCAACGCGGGAUGGGCAUGUCCGUUUUCGCCUCGGCGCCGUUUUUGGGCCCGAGUAUCGGCCCCCUUGUCGGCGGGUUCGUCUCUCAGUCGGUCGGCUGGCGAUGGUUAGAGGGCGUGAUGGCCAUCUUCUCCGGCGUCGUCUGCAUCAUCGGCAGCCUGGUGGUUCCUGAAACCUACGCUCCCCUCAUCCUCUCCCGGCGCGCGAAGGCUCUGACGGCCCGAACCGGCAAAACUUACGUCUCGACCGUCGAGAAACGCCAAGGCAAAGUCACUCCGCGGGCGGCGUUCGAGAAAGCCCUGCUCCGCCCUUGGGUGUUGAUGAUCUUGGAACCCAUCGUCCUGCUGAUCUCCAUCUACAUGGCCAUCCUGUACGGGACAUUGUACAUGCUCUUCGGGGCCUUCCCGAUCGUCUUCGGCCGAGACCGCGGCUGGUCCCAGGGCAUCAGCGGGUUAGCCUUCAUCGGCGUCGCCGUCGGCAUGACCCUCGGCAUCAUCUACUCCAUCUUCGACAACAAGCGGUACGCGCGCGUCGAGCAAGAGCACAAAGGCGAAGCACCGCCCGAAGCGCGCCUCCCGCCUGCCAUGGUCGGCGCCGUGGCUAUCCCCAUCGGCAUGUUCGUGUUCGCGUGGACAAACUUCCCCUCCAUCCACUGGAUCGUGUGCAUCAUCGCGUCCGCGCCGUUCGGGUUCGGCGUGGUGCUCGUGUUCCUGGCGGCCAUGAACUACCUGAUCGAUGCGUACGUCAUCUACGCGGCCAGCGUGCUCGCGGCGAGCAGCAUGCUGCGCUCCCUCUUCGGGGCCAUCUUCCCGCUCUUCACCGUCCAGAUGUACAACAACCUGGGCAUCCACUGGGCGAGCACCAUCCCGGCAUUCCUGGCGCUGGCGUGUGCGCCCUUCCCCUUCAUCUUCUACAAGUAUGGCGAGGCCAUACGCUUGAAAUGUAAAUACGCCGCUGAAGCCCACGACGCCUUGCAACAGUUAAGACGGAGCAGGAAGAUGGACGAGGACGAAGAGCGUGCGAAUCGAGCAGGGGACCACGAAGAUGUUGGGAAACAAGUGCACAUGCGGGUCGAGGUUGGAGAUGCAGAUGGAAAUGGCCAAGUCGAAACCGGAGCAGACCGCAGGGACGACGAGAUCAUGAUCGAGAAGGACAAGGUCGAGAACCGGGCCUGA